AUGCCCACCUCCCCCCUGAUGAACCGCGAAGCAAGACGUCUGAACGCCCACACCGACUUUGGGCAAUUGACCAUACUGUUCCAAGACAUGGUGGGCGGCCUGGAAAUUCACGAUGAUGAAGCCGGCAUUUAUAGGCCUGUGCUUCCAAAGGCAGGAACUGUAAUUGUGCAUAUUGGGGACAUGCUUGAGAAACAGUCCAAUGGGAGGUGGAAGAGUGCUCUACACCAUGUGACUGGUCCACGGCAAUCUAUGUAUGGGAAGGAAGUGGACAACGACACAGUGGUUGAUAGACAUGCAAUUGCUUUCUAUGCGCACCCUGAUUAUGAGAUGUUGGUAGAGUCACUGCCUGGGUGCGAGAAGAAGGGGAAAUGGGAGUCUUUGGAAUGGGAGGACAACAUGACCGCAGGUGACUGGAUGAAUAAGAGAGUUACUCUUGAGUAUGAACGUCAAGAGAAGCCAGGUCCUGUUGCUGCGUCAUCUUAG